AUGGCAUUCCUCCUAGUGAAAGCGGGUAUGAAAGCGUACAAAGCUUAUGACAAUAAACAAAAAGAGAAAAAGGAGAGAGAACGAAACGGAUCUUCAUCUCCUACACAUGAUAGAAAUCCGCAACUAGGUGAACCUUCUUAUGUAACUCCUUCAUCAAGAGAUACCUCAACUCCCACCGCGUCUCGAAUGAAUGACUACGAGAGUUCUGCGAAGGACAGCGAAGAAACAGGUAAUCGCGGAUAUCCACAAGACAAAACUCCGUUUGAUGAACCACCUUCAUAUGAAAAUGUGAUACAUCCACCUCCAACCUCAAGCCGACAAGUCGAACAGCAAGAUUGGCGCCCAGAUGGUUCUAAUCGUGGUCAAGCACAAUUACCUUCCCAUCAAUCACAAAUAUCAAGGCAAAGAAGUAACUCUUCCUCAUCUGACGAUUCGGUAAAUUCUAAUGAUUUCAGACGACAUAAUCCCACAUUGACACGAUCGGAAUUGAAAGCACUCCGAAGACAAUACAAACAAGAAAGAAAAUUGGCCAAAAGACAAUUAAAAGCUGAACGAAGAGCAGAUAAAGCUUUAUACAGAUCUGAUAGAGCGUUGAUGGAUGCUAAGCUGAGGAGUGAUUAUGGUCUACUUUCUCGCGGAGGCGGAUCGGGAAGGAACCCUUUGUCGACUGAAGGCGAUGGUGUAAGAAGGGAUGGUAUGGGACGUUAUUAA